GAUGUUGUGGCUGCCAGCAGGAGAUGGCGGAACCUGAGGGGGUGGCCGCGGCCCCAGGCCCGUCUUCUGGGCCGACUUUUAGGGGCCGCCGUGCUCUGUCAGGCUCCUGGGAGCGGGACCAGCAGGUUGAGGCGGCGCAGCGGGUCCUGGUAGAGGUGCUGGGGCCUUACGAGCCUCUGCUGAGCCGGGUGCAGGCUGCCUUGGUGUGGGAGCGGCCAGCUAGGAGCGCCCUGUGGUGCCUGGGGCUGAACGCGGCUUUCUGGUUCUUUGCACUGACAUCUCUUCGUCUGGUGUUUUUGCUUGCAUUCGGCUUGAUGAUUAUUGUGUGUAUAGAUCAGUGGAAAAACAAAAUCUGGCCUGAAAUAAGAGUGCCAAGACCCGACGCAUUAGACAAUGAGAGCUGGGGCUUUGCGCACCCUCAGUUGCUCAGCGUGCCCGAGCUCUGCCACCAUGUAGCUGAAGUCUGGGUUAGUGGGACCAUUUUCAUAAGGAAUCUUUUGCUUUUCAAAAAGCAAAACCCAGGCAAGUUCUGCUUGCUGAGCUGUGGGAUACUGACCUCAUUGGCCAUCUUGGGCCGCUACAUCCCUGGGCUCCUGUUGUCCUACUUAAUGCUUGUCACUGUCAUGAUGUGGCCUCUUGCUGUGUACCACCGACUGUGGGAUCGAGCAUACGUGCGGCUGAAGCCAGCUCUGCAGCGGCUGGACUUCAGUGUCCGUGGCUACAUGAUGUCCAGGCAGAGAGAAAGACAAUUGCACCGCAGAGGUCUACACCGUGAACAUGCCGUGGACAACCACAGUGACAGCGAAGAGGAGCUUGCUGCCUUCUGUCCUCAGCUGGAUGAUUCUACUGUUGCCAGGGAAUUGGCCAUCACAGACUCUGAGCACUCGGAUGCAGAGGUCUCCUGUACAGACAAUGGCACAUUCAAUCUUUCCAGGGGCCAAACACCUCUAACAGAAGGCUCUGAAGACCUAGAUGGUCACAGUGAUCCAGAGGAAUCCUUUGCCAGAGACCUCCCAGACUUCCCUUCCAUUAACGUGGAUCCUCCUGGCCUGGAUGAUGAAGAUGACACCAGCAUUGGGAUGCCCAACCUGAUGUACCGUUCCCCACCAGGGGCCGAGGAGCCCCAGGCCCCUCCUGCAAGCCGGGAUGAGGCCGCACUGCCGGGGCUUCUGCUUGGUGCCCUGCCUGCAGGAUCCAACCUCACCAGCAACCUUGCCAGCCUGGUCUCCCAGGGCAUGAUCCAGCUCGCCCUGUCAGGGGCCUCCCAGCCAGGCCCCUCUGGCCCUGCUCCCCGAAGAGCAACAAGAGGCUUCCUCCAGGCCCCCAGUUCAGACCUGGACACUGAUGCUGAGGGGGAUGACUUUGAACUUCUUGAUCAGUCGGAGCUGAAUCAGCUGGACCCUGCCAGUUCUAGGAGCCACUGAGAAAGAGACUCCUUUGUUUUGGGGGGGGUGGGGGGGCACUGUGGUUUACGUUUUUUACCCACCCCAUCCCACUUUAGGUGAAGGGGCAAGGGAAGAACCCAGGUCCCAUCCCCUGAAUUAUAUUUGUACGCUGAGUGGCCUGGCUGAUGCUCUGAGGCCUGCUUAGAGAGGAUACUCACUCCCCUGCUACCAGCUGGAUACCAUAUGAGCUCAGUCACUGACCUGAGAGCGUGCUUCCCAAGGGAGGCCUCUCUCCAACAGGGUGGUACUUUUGGGGAACAAAGUAGUCAGGGGUAUUGGUUCCCCUUUGAGGGGUGCUGCUGUUUCCUUCCAGGUAUGGGUGCUUGGGGGCCCUCACUGAGAGAAGAGCCCAUUCCUUCCUUCUUCCGUUCAUCACUUCCCUAGAGCCUCCAAAGUCAGGCAGCAGCUGGAAAGUCACACUGUCGUCCUCUUCUGUUAAACCAUGAUUUGGUUUGGGUUUUUUUCUAAGCAAGCUUGGCCUUUGGUUCUGCAUAGCAGGCCUGCCCUUCCCCCCACCCCUCCAAAAUAAUGCUUGUGAAAUUUAAAGAAAUGUGAACGUGACAUGGGGACAGGCCUCUUCCACAUCCCCUUGGCCAUGGGGAUCAGUAGGCCUGGAGGGUCAAGGAGUGUUUUCAUACCACCUGGUCUCACUGAAGGCCCUGGAGCUGCCUGCUUGUCUUUGGUGCUGUUAACUCCCAGCUCCAUCUGACCAUCAGCCUGAGCAAUGAGCAAUACCAUUCCUAUUUCUACGUUCCUGCUCCUUCCUCUGCUCCUCUUGUGGAGAAGUAAUAACUCCAUGGGGGAUAACAAAGUAGCACUUUAAAAAUGGCCCAGUGGCAUUCAUACCAGGAGCCACUGGCUCUCUUGCACCAGCUGUUCAUACUCCCUGUUCAGCUCCUCUACUGCUUUUCUUUUCAACUGCUUCCUAUCCUGACAGGGCCUCCUUUAAGGAUGAGCCCAGUUAGUGAAACUCUAUUAUCAGCAGAGACCCCUCCAAGGGGCAUGUGUUCUGCUGCUGCUAGUAAAAUCAUGUGAGACAAAACCCAAAAAAUGCUAAUUAAGUUAUGCUAGCCCCACAGCCUCUCUGCCUCCCCAAUCAGAGCUCAAGCCAAAUUCUUCUAUCCUCUUCCCUCUGCAUUAACUCUUGGCCAAUCCUCAGGGACCACUCCCCCAGCACCCCCCAUACCUGGGUGAGGGAUGUUGGACAGAGCCCAUUUUCAUGCGCUGCAAGUGGGGGUGUGCAAACUUGUUUGCUCUUGGUUGUUGGAAAGGUACAGAGGCCAGAGAACGAAAACAGAAGGGAGAAGAACUAGGUGCCUAUUUCAUAGUCACUUACCUUUGUGUGAAGGGUAGGGGUAAAUGGCACCCCCUGCUUUAGGGUUCUCAAACAGAUUUUGGGCACCUCUCCUCAGAGCCCAGGUGUCUUACAGGUGUGCUCUGAUGUGGAAAAAAUAGGAGGUGUGGGAAAGGAGUGGGAUUUUGUGUGUCUGCAUGAGUGUGUGUAGCUUCAGGCCUUGGGAGGUGUCAAGAGGGAGGGAGGAAAGCAAGGAGAGCAAAAUCUUUGGAAGCUGUUUCUCGUACCUGGGGGAUCCUGCUCUGAAUCUCCUUAGUCCUCCACUGUGAAUUAGGGGUCGGUGGGUGGGUGAGUGCUGGGGAAUAAAUCUUGUAUGAGAACAAUCUUUUAAGAGACUGGUGUUGAAUGGUGUCCUACCCUUGGU